UUGAGCAGGGGGUCCCACAAGGUUGCACGCUGUCCCCAACAUUGUUCCAGGUGUUCAUCAACGAUCUGUUGGAAGUCGUAGAGGCAGUCCGGAAGGGAGUAAAAGUAGGGGACACGGAAACGUCGGUUUCAGGAAUGCUGUUUGCGGAUGAUUUUGUCGGUAUGUCGGACACCCCUGAGGGACUGCAACUGCAAAUUGACGCGGCGAAGAAGUUUACUGAUAAGUGGAGAUUGUCUGCCAACGUUCAGAAGAGUGCCGUCAUGGUAUGCAACGAGAACAAGGAGGAACCAGUAGAACAUAGAUGGAAGUGGGGGAUCGAGGAGAUUGCAGUAGUGGACCAGUACACAUACCUCGGAGUAGAGAUCGCAAAAGACUGCUCGUGGAAUGCACACAUGUCCAAGGUAGCGGAAAAGGGCAAAGCACGAGCAGGGAAGCUGCACCCAAUACUCGCAAACCGGCACCUCGAUACACGCAUCAAAUUGACGGUUUUGAAGAGCGUAAUCGUACCGCCGCUAGAGUACGCCGGAGAAGUAUGGGAAGGAAAUAAGAAGGUAGUGAAAGAACUCGAGGCGGCGCAGAUGAAAGCAGCGAAAACCAUCCUAGGAUGCUCCAGGCGCACAAGUAAUGCAGCCGUGAGGGCAGAAUUGGGGAUCCAAUCCCUACGGUCGGGAAGAGACGCGAGGAAGCUGACCUGGCAGUAUCGCAUGUGCGGGAUGGGAGAGGAGAGGUUGCCGAGAAUUGUAUGGGAGGCGAAGUGGGCAAACAAAAAGAGGGGUAGACAACCCACGGAAUGGGUCAAGGUUGUAGAGGACGUAUGGAAGGGGCUCGACAUCGACGAAGAUGAAACGCUGGAAACGGAGGGUCUACAGGGGUUCAAGGAGAAGAUAUCUGUUGCUUGUGCCGAGAGAGAAGAACAGAAUCUGAGGAAAGAAUCCAAGGAUAAGGAGGGUCUAGAAGUGUACGGAAUGUUGAAGGAAGGAAUAGGGUUCAAGGACUACCUACAUGGACCAAUGGAUGCAGGAACAAAGCUUAAGGUCAAAUUCAGGACCGGGGACAUAGGCCUUCGAGAACGUCGACGAAGACAUAGGACGGUAGACGAGGAAGACGACGAGUUCAAAUGUGAUUGCGGCUUCGAAUGCGAAGACCGUGUUCAUGUAGUCGCGGAAUGUCCGUUGUACAAGAAGGAGAGGGAAGUGUACGUGACUGAGCUGGGAAAAAUAGAUGGAACGUACAGGGAGAUGUUUGAGGCAUGGAAUAGAGAGGAAAGGACGGUAGCUGUACUGGGGCAUAGGAGGUGGGUUGAAAAGGCGGGAAGGGAUAUCGUUAGGAUAGACAGACUAGGGAAGACAUUUUUGAGCCACCUUUGGCAAAGUAGGAAGGAACGAUUGGCCAUCGGUGAUCGGUCCUGUGGGAACAAUGCUCCGUCCUCUCGAGGACGCGUGGUCAAUGGUCUAACCGCUAAGGCAUGCAAAACACAAAGAGUACGCCCCCCCCACCCCCCACAUCGUACCUUCUUCCCCACGACUCUCUCUGCCGUUGUGUUCACUAUGGACUCCCACCCUACAAUGACCCUGUCCCUGCUGCUUGUACGUCCACCUGUCCGUCUUCAACGCUCCUCAGCAGUUUGCUGAAAGGUUGUACACUACCAGCCAGUACCUUCUGGAAUUCAUCCCGUGUCCCAUCGUCUCCCA